CGAGCCCGACAGCGCCAUGGCGACCCGGGCCGAGGAGGCGGCGGGGCCCGCGGAGGCCGGGCCCGAGGCGGCGGCGGCGGCGGAGGAGGCGGCGGCGGCCGUGGAGCGCCUGGCGGCGGCGCUGCGCCUGCGGCUGCGGGGCUGGGAGGCGGCGCUGGCGGCCGCGCAGCGGAUGCUGGUCUGGGAGAGGCCGCUGCACAGCCUGGUCACGGCCGCCGCGCUCGGCGGCGCGCUCUGGUUGUUCUCCUCCACUUCCCUGCGGCCCCUCUUCCUGCUCAGCAUGUCCCUGCUUGGCUUUCUCUUGCUGGAGCGGUGGAAGCCCCGGUUCCUGUUUGACUUCUCUGCCCAGCCCUUGGAGGAGCCAGGAGGGGACAGUGAGGGGGCGACAGGGGCCCAGCCCCACCUGCUCAGCGUCCCGGAGCUGUGCCACUGUCUGGCUGAGAGCUGGGUCACCUUCAGGCUGUACCUGCAGGAGCUGCUGCAGUACAAGAGGCAGAAUCCGGCCAAGUUCUGUGCAAGUGUCUGUUCGGGCUGCCUCACCCUGGCUGUGGUCGGGCACUAUGUUCCAGGCAUCAUGAUCUCCUACAUCAUCUUGCUCAGCAUCCUGCUGUGGCCACUGGUGGUUUACCAUGAGCUGAUCCAGAGGAUGUACACGCGCCUGGAGCCUGUCCUCAUGAAGCUGGACUACAGCAUGAAGGCUGAGACGCUGCAUCACAAGCACGAGAAAAAAAGACGGCAGGGCAAGAGCGAGCCGGUGACCGGCGAUGACCCGAUGGCAGAAACGGAGAGCGAGAGCGAGGCAGAGCUGUCCGGCUUCUCCCCACUGGUGGAUGUGAAGAAGACGGCACUGGCCCUAGCCAUCACAGACUCGGAGCUGUCUGACGAAGAGGCUUCCAUUCUGGAGAGCGGGGGAUUCUCCGUGUCCCGGGCCACCACCCCACAGCUGACGGACGUGUCUGAAGACCUGGACCAGCAGAGCCUGCACAGCGAGCCGGAGGAAGCCUUCUCCAAGGACCUGGCGGAGUUCCCCUCAGUGGAAGAGUACCAUUCCAGAGACCUGGGUCCGGCGGGUGACGAGGAGGCCUUUGGGGUGCCCCUGGGCCCCGACCUGGCCCAUGCUGCCCGCGAGCUGGACUCAGCCGAGAAGGAGGCGGCAGAUGCUGACCUGGCACUCCUGCGCCUGGCGUCUCCGCUCCACUUUGUAAAUACGCACUUCAACGGGACCGGGCAGGCGGCGCCCAGCAGUGCGGAGCCCCCGCCCACCUCGGCCCCGGGCCUCGGCCUCCACCUCGACGCGCUGAGCCAAGAGAUCGUCACCACGGCCAUCAGCACAGUGGUGCAGAACACCCUGUCGGCCCUGCUGCGCUCCUCAGAGGCCAGUGAGGGGCCGUCCCUCUCCGAGUUCCUCCCCGCCGAGCCCGAGGAGAGACUGAGUUUCCAGGCGCAGCUGGGCGAGGGUGAGGCGGCGGGGGCCGGCCCGGCGGCAUCACCCCAGGACGAGGACGAGGAGGCGGACGACUUUGAGCUGCUGGAUCAGAGGGAGCUGGAGCAGAUGGAUGUGGAGCUGGGCCUUGGAGAGGGGCAGGGAGCCCCAGAGCCUCCUGCCCCGGCUGAGCUGCCAAAGCAGGAGGAAGAGGGGGCGGCAGCAGCUGUGUCCUAGGCCUGCUCUGCCGCCGCCGGACAGGAGGACGGAUGGGGCCGUGCGGCGGGUGUCGGUGUCCGUGUUGCCCGGGACGGCCGAGCGUCAGUGUUACUGUGCUGUGUCUGGACUGCCCGCCCCCGCAUCUUCCCGGGCCCGAGCUCGGGCUCCUGCCCAGCCCCUCACCCCGCUGGCAUGGAGCCGGCGGGGGCCCCUCGCCACGCCGCCUGCGCGCUUCCUCGUCCUGGUGCAGUAUUUGGGUCGUCGUCCGUUCGUCGUUGUUUGCACGAGUCCCCGGCUAGGUGUAGCUGCCGCUCGCUCCCACGGCCCCCGACGGGCACACAUGGAGGGUUUUAAUGGCUCAAAAUGUGUACAGAAUUUUAA